CACACCACAUAUCCCUCACCACCACUCUCACAAUGGCUCUAAGUAACAAACCUCUACAUUUCCAUCUUCAAUAACUGAAAAAUCCUUUAUUUAAUACUUGAAUUCUGUAAAACUUUGUACAAGGAAUAAUGGGGUGCGCUUCCUCAAAGCGUAUCGAAUCUAAAGUCGAUGUUUACCGCCCAGCUCCGGCGAGCUUCGCGGUGUUUGACAUCAACGCCAUCGAAGAACCAUGGCUGAAGUUGAACAGCGCUCAGAUUGCGCAGGAGCAACAGGACAAAGCCUCCAACCGCAACUUGCCUCCUCCUCUCCUGCAGAAGCUCAACAAGCUCGAGACCACCGAGGCUCCUCAGUCAUGGGCCGAGCUCAGCAAAGCACUCGACGACCUCAAGCCCAACCUCGCCGACGCUGCCAAACCCGUCGUUAAACCUCCGUCUACUUCGACGACGAAGCAGGCCCCACAGAAAAGCACGUCGUUCCGCACUUUGGAAGAGUUGGACGCAAAACUAAACCCUAAGCCGAAUAAAGGCCUGCGAAAGACGGAGUCCAUGCGGGACAAACCCAAGGAACCAGAGGAAAAGAAAGAGGAGGGUACGAAACAGGAAGUCGGAGAAGGAUUCAAAUCCGUGAAGGACAACAUAUUCGUAGUGAGGGACAGAAUGGAGAGAGAGAAAGAAGGGAAGCAAGCGAAUUACGACAGGAUAGCGAAGCUGAGGAGGGACCCACUGAGUGACUUCCCGGAGAAGUGCCCGCCGGGAGGGAUGGAAGGGGUGGUGAUAUACACGACGUCGUUAGGAGGGGUGAGGAAGACGUUCGAAGACUGUAACAGAGUGAGAGAAGUGUUGGAGUCACACAGGGUGGUGUACGACGAGAGGGACGUGUCGUUGCACGGAGAGUUCCUGAAGGAGAUGAAGGAGAUGGUGGGGGAGGGAGUUACAGUGCCGAGAGUGUUCGUGAAAGGGAGGUACAUCGGCGGGGCGGAGGAGGUGGUGGAGCUGAACGAGUCGGGUCGACUGGGACGGAUCCUAAACGCGACCCGUGUGGAGAGAGGGAUAGGGAGACAAGCGUGCGAGGGUUGUGGUGGGGCCAGGUUCGUGCCAUGUUUGGAAUGUGGCGGGAGCUGCAAGGUGAUAGAGACGGCGGCGUCUGGGGGAGAAGUGAAACGAAGGUGCCCACACUGUAAUGAAAAUGGCUUGGUUCACUGUCCUGCUUGUCUUUAACUUUAAUUUUAAUUUCAUGUUCGAUUGUAUUACUAUUAUUUCCCUGGUAUAUACAUAUGGCAUGCACUGAGCUUGUCUUUAACUUUAACUUCAUGUUCCAUUGUAUUGCUAUUAUUUCUCUGGUAUAUGCAUAUGGCAUGCACUAAUAAAUUAUCCAUAGUGCUGGCUUUUGCGUGCAAGCCAAUAAAUGGCUAAAUUGGCAGACCAGAAAUUGCAAGUGUUGUUUUGUUC